CACAACUCUGUUCCUGUCACCACCUGCCUGUCGGGACCAAGGCUGACCUCUGGCAGUGUUUGUGCUGUAGGUAUGUGCUGAGGAAGACAGGUGGCUCCCCGGCAUGAUGAUGGCAUUCCUGCUGAUCUUUUGGAUAUGCCUUUUCAGGAUCCCCAGCUCUGACAGCUCGGAGUGCCCUUUAGAGGAGAAGUUGUAGCUGAUUGUGGUGAGGGUUCCUUUCAGUGGGAGCUUGUAUUAACAGAUCUGUUUUCCUUUUCCGCACUCUAGAAUGGAGAACUAUAAGAAGACCAAAAUUGUGGAGAAACCCUGUCUUCAUCCUUUCACCAACUUGCCCCCUGACAUUAUUGAAAUGAAGGUGAAGGAUGGGAGCAAAAUCAGGAAUCUGAUGGGCUAUGCCAUCAGCAAGAUGGAGCUGGACUCGGUGAGGCAGAUUCUUUUCACUGGCUCAGGCAAGGCUGUCAGCAAGACCAUCACAUGUGUGGAAAUCAUGAAACGGAGGCUCAAAGAACUGCACCAGAUCACCAAAGUGCUCUUCAAACAGAUUGAAGAGAUCUGGGAACCCAUAGUGCCUGAGGCAGGUCUCGAUACCUUGACAGUGAAGAGAAACAUUCCCGCCAUAUGUGUCCUACUCAGCAAAGACGCCCUCAAUCCUCAGGAGCCGGGGUACCAGGCUCCAGGCUCUUUUGAUGCCUUCUGUAUUGAGACACUUGCAGCAGAGUCCCAGGGCCAGGUGAAGAGGAAGCAGGGUGGAGGCAGGGGAGCUGGCAGCACUGGGAAGCACCCUCACUUCACUGGAGGAGCACCUCGAGAGCCCUGCACCAAGUCUUGACACACCAGCACUGAGCUUGGGUGUAGUUUGGGGGAGCAUCAGAAACAAACCAGCUGCUGCUGCUGGAAAGCUGCUGCUGAACACGGGGGCUUGCAGAGUGGUCAGGGGAGGGCAGGAGGAGUUCACUGUUUCAAUAGGGUGUGUCUGUAGGUGUCUGAAACUGUUUUGACAAGUUCCCUUGUCAAAGGGCUGCCAGGCUGUACACAUUAGCUGCGGUUCAGGGAUCACAGGAGGUGUCUCUGCUUGAGCAAGGUUCAGGGAAGACAGGAGUUCUCUCUGCAUGAGCAAUGGCCAUCAGUCUCUCAGGAGGGGUGGUGCAGUGGCCCAAACAGGAGCUGUGCACACCAAGCACUGUUUGUGCAGUCAGGAGGCUCUCACUGGUGUGGAGGGGAGAUGGCCCUGACAUGCAUUCCCAGACAGUGGAGCACGGGGCUUCUCUGCCUGUGCUGAGCUUGUGGGGCAGUUUGAAUGUAACACUGCAGGAAUACAACUCCAUCUGCAUGCACGUAGCUCCCUUUCUAUCCUCCUUUCUGCCAAAGUGGCAGGGGGUCGGGUCGUGUCGUAAUCAACCUGAAAUCCUGUACCUGCGCAAGUGCCCGGGGUGGUGAUGGUAGGCUCCAGAGGACCCUGUUCUUUCCCGUUUCUGCUCCUUUAUAACGCACAAGGGUGGGUUUGAAAUAAAGUUUCCUGUUCAUGUAA